UCAUAGGCUGAAGCAGAAACCGGAAGUUUACAGUGUGGUCGUGUGACUGCUGGUCAGAGUGGACGAGACGAGGGGGAUUUUGGGGGCAGAAGCCGCCAGGACGCUGCAGGUGACCGGAAACUGGUCCCAGAGCAACGUGGGACCCUGGAUCAGGUAAAUGAAGCCUGAGGCUCCGGAGUCCAUGGUCCAAGGCCUUGCUUGGCUUCUGCGGCACCAUGGAGACACGGUGCUGGACGGCAGCCACGUCCUCUCUCUCCUCACCCCGUGUCUACAGGUGGUCACUCGCCUCUUUGAACAGCUCUUUCCUCGCGGACCAGGCCCCGGGUUCCAGGCACUUCCAGCUCACCCCGCCGACAAUGUCGCCAUCCUGCGGACUCAGUUCCUGCUCGACGUGUUGCAGAAAACUCCGGCCCUGAAGCUUAUUCAUCCUAACGAGUGUCCUCGACAGUUUGAAGUGAAUAUUUUCCCCUUUAAGUCUUUGAGGUCAUUGGAGCUGCGAUGCCUCCCCCCGCACUGUCUGCGCGGCCUGCGAUUUGUCUAUUCACAGCUCGAGGUUCUCAUCUGCUCUCGGUGUGUCACCAGCUUAGAGGAGGUGUUCUCUCUUUGUGGCGGGGAUCUGAGUUCGGCUUUGCCGUGGCUGGAGCUUCACACUCUGGAUUUCAGCUACAACACCAUCCGCAGUUUGGAUCAGUCCCUGGAAUUAUUAAACAGCCUGAGGAUCCUGGACUUGAGUCACAAUCUCCUCAAGGACUGCGGCUCGUAUUUGAAGGUUCUUUCUGAGCUUCAGUAUCUGAACCUGGGCUACAACCUUCUGGCGUCCGUCCCAGAGCUGAGCGUCCAGUCCUCGGCCCAGCUCCACACCGUCGUCCUGAGGCACAACCAGCUGUCCAGCACCAGCGGACUAGAGCAUCUGUACAACCUGCAGCACCUGGACUUGUCCUACAAUCUUCUGGUGGAGCACGCACAGCUUACAGUCUUGGCCCAGAUGCAGAAACUCAGGAAGCUCUUUCUGGAGGGGAAUCCCUUGUAUUUCCAUAAAGACUAUCGAAUGUUUGCAGCCCAGCACCUGUCCCCUAAAGUCUCCGACAAGGUGUUGCUGGACGGGAAGCCGCUGUCUGGACUGGAGACGAUGAGUGCGCCCCCGUUCAGAGAGAGGGUUGUGGUUCCUCAGCCGAGUAAUUCAGCAACAGAAAGUUCUUGCACCGGGGAUCUAACCGACAGCUGCUCCGCUCCAGAGAGGACGACCUCGAAACGCAUCCCGCGCAAGAAGUCCAAGGUUAAAGUCCGCAGAGCGAGCAUCUCUGAGCGAAGCGACAGCGAGUGUGAGCAGCGGAGCCAACCCAUCGCAUCUGUCCUGCAGCACGAGAAGGACAUUGAGCGCACAGACAGUUUUCGGGAUCAGUUUGGGGUGGACUGGCUGCAGUACCGACCUCACCUGGAGGAUGAGCUCAGUAAAGACAACCCCACAAAGAACAGUCCGGACCCCGUCAGACAUUCUCCACCCUUCACCAAGGCCCAGUCCUCUCCCACAAUUAUACAAACGCCCAUCGUAGCAGACAUCUGCUCCCACCUCACCGAGAUCUCAAGCCCGAGCUUGGCGAAACCACCCGGCCCAGAGGUCGAGGCCGUGGUCGCCGCCGAUGUGUUAAUAGAACAGAUCGAGGAUGUUCUGGAGGAUGGAGUAUGGCGGCAGCAGGAGAAGAGCAGGAAGGAGGAAGAAGAGGAGGACGUUAUAGAAGAUGCCCUUUGUUCCCCGGUGACCGUGUGCCCGGUAGUGGAUGGACAGCCACGUAACCCAGACUGGCCAUGGGUCUUCCUCCGUGUGACGCGGCAGUAUCUCCUAGAGAUCGAUCUGCAGCGCGGACGGGUUCUGGUCAGGAGAGACCUCCGGAGCCUGCGAGAUGUCAAGACGGCAACCACACAGUGGAAGUGGAAUGAGGAAGCGCAGGAGCUGCCAUUGCUGACGCUGAGCUUUCACUCCGUGUGUGAGGACAAGCAGUGUGUGAGCUACGUGGUGCUGGACAACACAGAAGACAUCUCUGUAACGACCCUUCUUGACGUGCUGCUUCCCAUAUUGGAGGAGAACCUGAAGUUCGCCGCUGCUGACGGACAGGGACCCCCGAGGUUUCAAUGCCUAAAGUGCAAAGGUGAAUUCAGCCAGCAGGACGACAGCGGGAUCAUCCUAACUCCAGACUCCAAGCGACCGACCGAAGCCGAGACACCCGACACUCCCUAUGACAACCACCCAGACGGCGUUGGCUGCCCGUCCUGCGGGAGUCUCCAUGUCAUCCUGGCUCCAUUGCACAACAAUAGCGAUGCCAGUCCUGCCGAACAGUCACCAGAUGGCGCUGCAGGGGAGCGGCACAAGUCCUUUUAUGUAGGCGAAGAAGACGGCUCAGAAACGGGGAGCAGCUGCACUGGGCCUCAAGACGAGGGGGGCAGCAGCAGCAUCCCUAAUGGGCAGCUCACCCUAGAAGCCAGCCUUAGCGGCCUCACGGGCAGCUACAAGUACAGGACAGCAACGCCUCCUCCAAGGCAGAGCAGCGGCCCCCUCCGGGACGGCUGGCAAGUCAGCCCAACCUCCGUAGGUCCACAUCAGACGUUGGAUUUCCGGGUGGUGGAUCACCGGCUCAAGCUGUAUCUGGACAUGGAAAUCCUGGGUGGAGAGAUGGAAGAAUUCCAAUGUUCCAUGAAAGUCCCUGUGGUUCGAUUUGGGAAGCCGGAAGAGUUUUGGGCUCUUGUAGUGGUGUCCAAUCAGAAGAUCUAUUUCCUGGAGAGCACUGGAGAAAGCAGGGGCCCUCCCUGUGAUUGGCUGCAGCUGUUAGAUUCUCAUGGACUCACCUCCCUCACUCAUCUUCACGUGGGUCUACAGCAACAGUGUUUAUAUCUGGGUUUUGAAGCCUCUGAAGCCACCUACACUCUACUGACCCGAAACUGCCACUGCAGCACCGUCUUCAGUCAGCACAUAUUAGAUACUCUGUCAGAUCUGCCGCUACGUUAUCGGAGCGCUCUGCACUACAGUCCUAAGGAGGAAGUUACGCCGGAUCACCGUCUCUGGCAUCUCCUACAUGAUAGCCUUGGCGCGGGCAGCCCCCCUGGGUAUUGUUAUGCACUGGCAUACUUCAUGCAAGAGGACACGGCCUACGUCGCGGCUGCUAAUUCUGACCACCCUGCAUGUAACAGGGCGUCUCCUGCAGCUCUGGCUCAGGGUGCCAAGGAGGCUACCCCGGUGUCCCUGCUCCUCACCCAGAGCCACAUGUAUCUUCUAGAGGAGACCCACCAAUGGCUACAUGUGGCGCCACCUGCAGGAGAAGAGGACGCCAGAGAGCUCCCCGAGAAAGUGAGCGUGAAAGAGAAGCAGGCGAUCAGCAGCAUCAGCUCCGUGCACUUAUUUACCUCUGCUCCCCUGCAUCUGCGUAUCAGGCUGUAUAAUGAGACGCAACAGAAGGAGAGCGCAUGGCUUCUGUGGACAGAGGACCCAGCUUUGCCGAAAGAGAUAAUUGAGUGGCUCCGAGUCCCAUGGGAAGCGGAGUAUCACAUACGAUUUAACCAGGUGACCCAUGAAACACCAGAGUCAUAUCUGCCGUGUACCAGAUAGCGAUUAUGCAUAUGAGAAUUACUCCGGCACAGCAGGAUUGUGUUCAGAAAACGUAACGCACGGGGACGGGCUGGUAAUCCUGGACCCCACAGAAGAAGAUGGAACCACUGCGUCUAGCAAGGAGAGAAGAAAGAUAUUGCACUAUUCAUUUUGUUCCUUUUUUUUUGCUUUUGCUAAUUUGCCGAAAUAUACUAGUUUUAAGAAAAACUGUAAUAAAGUUUCUACUCCAUUUUA